AUGUAUUACCUAUUAUUCUUAAUCCCAAUUGCCUUCUCAAGUAUUAGUCCAGCUGAUUAUAUCUCAUAAUCUGAUCGUCCCAAGAUUGCCGCUCAUCGUGGACUUUGCUCUAUUUUUCCAGGUACUAAUUAUCUUACAAUUUGAUAGAAAAUACAGCAUAAUCAUUUGAGGGUGCAAUGUUUUAAGGAACAGAUUUCAUUGAAUUGGAUGUAGUACUCAAUAAGGAAUUACAGUGUAUAAAUUAAGAAACUCAUCCAUUUUAUAGUGAUAGUAGCACAUGAUACAUUUAUGACUGCUGUUUCCAAUAUUAAAUCUAUGCCAGAAUUUGCAUCAAGAUAAAGAAAAAGAACAAUUAAUAGUGUUGUUAGAGAUGAUUGGUGGUUGAUUGAUUUUUCAAUUGAUGAACUGAAACGGGUUGGAAUAAAUUAAGUAAGAGGUUCCACAAGACCUAAAAUAUUUGAUGGUCUUUUUACAUAUCCAACUUUAUGGGAGGUAUUGACAUAAGUUAAAGAUUUCAACAAUCGUACUGCUAAUCAAAGAAAUCCUAAUAAAAAACCAGUAGGUAUACUAUUAGAAAUUAAAGAUUAUGAAGUAUAUAUAUAUUAUAAUAUGACGUAGUAUCAUUUAGAAUAUGCAGGAGUAUCAAUUGUUUAAUUAGUAAUUAAUGAAUUAUCAAAAUUUGGUAUUGGGACCAUAAAAGAUUGUAAGAAUGUAGUUCCAAUUGUUAUAAUGAGUUUUGAUAUGAAUGCUAUAAAGGCAACAAGAGAAUUGACAGAUCUUCCAAGAGUGUUUUUAAUAAGUGGAUUACAGAAUCAACCAUCUGAAUUUUAUGCUGAAGCUACAAAGUAUGCAAACAUUAUUGGAGCUGAUUUAGCAUCAGUUUGGAAUUCAAAGACAUAAACAAUUUAACCAGAAGUUAAACUUAUCAAAGAUAAUUAAAUGAUGGUUUAUGCUUGGACAUUUUAAGAUGAUGCUAGUGGAACUUAAAAGAUGUUCAAUGCAACAAUUGCUAAAGACAUAUACUAUUAAGCAGUGAAAAUGAAUAUUCACGGCCUUAUUACAGAAUUUUCAGAUGUAGCAAUUUAGUAUGUCUAAUUAUAUUAAAAUUAAUGAACAAUUAUCAAGAUGAGGAAAGUGGUUUCAAGAUUCAAGAGAAAAUUUAUACUUGGGGUCGUUUUCUAUUAUUCUUCUUAACUGGCCUUAUUCUAUUGAUAGUUUCGUUUCCUUUUUCAGGAUUUUUACUUGUCAACCCCUAUCCGUUUGUGCUAUUAUUCUCAUUAGGAUCAUUACUUAUUUUAAUAGCCAUAAUAUAGGUUACUGAAUACAAGACCAUCUUUAGUUAAGCUGGAACUGUGAUAUACUUCAUUGCUUUAUUAAGUGGUCUAUAUACAGGAGUAUUUAAGAUUGGAUAUUUGACAACAUUAGGAAUAAUGAUUGUAUAAAUAUUAGCACUCUUAUAUUUAAUGGCUGCACUUUUACCAGGAGGAUAAGCAGGAUUGAAAAAUUACAUACUCUCAAAAAUCAAAACAUGAUU